UCCGCGUCGAGUCAUUACGAAAUACUCGCGUCAGCGUCACUCGUACUUUUUCUCUCUUCGUUCGCCACUAAUGCCGAUAAGCUUUGGGACUUUGUACUCUCUACCAAUCCGAUUUUACGUAGCUAUAAAUAAACCUUUCAAACGAGAAUGUCAGAAGAGUGUGUGUUUUUAUAUCGACGAGUAUGAGUAUGCUAAUGAGCGAGGUGACACAGUUGAUGUGUGUAUGGGAGAGAAUGUAACGAAGUUCGCUUGUUUUGUAAAAAGUUUUUCGAUAUAAUUGUCAGUGAAAGAGCGUGGAGUGGUCAGGCAAUAGAAACUGAACGUCAUCGAGAAGACAAUCGGCACAAACAAAACAAAACAUCGUUAAUCGACAACGUUUGCGUAAGAAAAAGAGCGAAAGAGAGAGGGGAAAAAAUCAAAACGAGAGCAAUAAAAGGAGAAGCUGGAGCAAGAAGGAAGACGUCGCAGCUUAAUUCUUGUAUUAUUUUAGCGUUCGCGCACGAGACACCAACAACAGCUGACACGCUAACCUUUCUCUCUCUCUCGCUCUCGGUCGCUCGGUCUCGCUCAUACCAAUCGUUCGUAUUAGCCGAUCAUCAACCAAGAUUUUUCACUUCGCGCAGUCCGGCUUCUGAUAGCAGCGGUAACAGUUUGCCUUCAAAAUGGCAGUGAAGGUGCGUUUCCUUUUCGCGAUCAUGUUGUGUAUCGCCAACAUGAUAAUCUACGGGUUGAAGGUGAACAUCUCGACGACAAUUAUCGGUAUGAUCAAAGCCAAGAAGAUUGGAGAUGGAGGGUCGAUCAACGAAACCGUCGCAUGUCCUAACUUUGAAGUGGAGGGUAGUAGCUCAGUUAACAUAGACGGCCCAUACGAUUGGAGCACAGUCGAACAAGGCCUAGUUGUGAGCAUCUAUUUCGCUGGUUACCUCGUGGGUAUGUUCCCGUCGGGUUACUUUGCCGAUCGCUUCAACACCAAGUGGGUGUUAUUGUUCUGCGUACUAUCUAACUCGCUGUUUACGUUGAUGGUGCCAUUAGCAGCACCGAACCUCUACGUCCUCUACUUAUUGCGCUUCCUUACCGGCUUAGUUAGUGCGGCCAACCUACCGAUCGUCAAUGUACUUGUUGGCAAAUGGGUAGUUUACGAGGAGAAAAGUAUGUGGGUGGCGAUCAUAUACGGGGGCACGUCGAUCGGUACGGUCAUCUCGAUUUUGACGUCUGGCUGGAUCAUGAACUACAGCGGUUGGGAAAUGGUCUUUUACGUCCAUGGCAUUCUGCCACUCAUUUGGUGCGUAGUGUUCGCCAUCUUUUUCGCUGAAAGCCCCGAGGCCCAAAAACUCAUUAGCGAGGAGGAAAGGGAACUGUUGGUUAAUAGCUACGGGCAUAGAGCACCAACGUCGACCAAGGUGCAGGUCCCUUGGAAAGCAAUCUUUACUAGCGUACCCUUCAUCGCCUUGAUUUUCACCAAUACCCUCGGUAACUUCUGCUGGUACUUUUUGCUCACGCAGAUGCCUUUAUACAUGAACAAGAUGCUCCGAUUCGACAUCAAAUCGAACGCUACGAUUACCUGUCUGCCAUAUCUCAUUAGCUCGGUGACCACCACGUGUCUCGGAAAGAUGUUAGACUGGGGAAGAAUGAAGGGAUGGUAUUCGCAGACUGGCGCUCGGAAAACCGCUGUCGGAAUAAGUUGUGUACCAGUGGUUGUGUUCCUCAUAAUAAUCAUGUACAUCGGCUGCAAUAGAACGGUGAGCGUGGCUCUUUUGUGCUUGAGUAUCAUCACGUGUGCAGCACUUUUCGUGGGGCAUCUGACUAAUCAAAACGACUUGGCGCCCAACUACGCGGGUAUCUUGAUGGGUAUCACCAAUACACCUGGAACAAUUUCGGCAUUCGUUCUUCCGGCUCUCGUUGGUCAUCUAGUUAAAGAUGGGCACUCGUUCGCGGCAUGGCAAGCUGUGUUUUGGAUUAGCAUCGUCUGCCAACUGUCGGCUUUCGCAAUUUUUACGAUUUUUGGUUCGGCUAAAAUUCAACCUUGGAAUUAUCCGGAUGGUGUGAUUCCACCUACCAGAUAAACCCCCUGGCUCUCUCUUAACGCAACGACGACAAAAAAACAAUUCGGCAGCGUACAUAUAUCUAUUGUAUUUUUGGACGUGCACACUCCCACACAUUCCGCUCUUCGAGUACAUUCGUAAAUGCAUAAUUUUUGAGAGCGAUUUUGUUUUUUUUUUUUUGUAAAUAAACGAGUAUAUUUUUUUAUAUGUA